CUUCAGCAUGCAAAGCUUUCUCUAGUAAAGUUAGUACAGGUAAUUGUAUUUAGGAAGGAGAUACAUGCAUUAAAAAAUAAAAAAAGAUUGAAGGACAGCCACGUAAGUAAUUUAAAUCCUUUUCUUGAUUCUAAUGGUUUAGUUAGAGUAGGAGGCAGAAUCAACAAUUCGAAUUUAUCUUAUGAUCAAAAGCACCCAUUGCUAAUUCCAAGAGAUCAUAAAAUAACUACUUUAAUUUUCCAGUAUUUUCAUUUAAAAAAUUUGCAUGUUGGUGCGCAAACUUUGCUUCAUUGUGUUAGACAAGAGUUUUGGCCCCUGAAUGGUAGGAACACUGCUCGAAAAAUCGUUCACGAUUGCAUAACAUGUUUCAAAGCCAAACCUAAGAUAGAACAGCAAAUUAUGGCUUCUUUACCGAAAGAAAGAGUUACCAUAAGCCCCCCUUUUUCAAAAACUGGCACCGAUUUAUGCGGUCCUUUUCUUAUUAAGUAUAAAAAUCAGCGGAAGGGAAUCUUAAACAAAAUCUAUGUUGUAAUUUUUGUAUGUUUAAUUACUCGUGCCAUUCAUUUGGAAAUAGUAAGUGAUUUGACAGCAGAAGUAAUAAUUGCCACCCUUAAAAGGUUUUUCGCGAGAAGAGGUCUGCCUUCUAUUAUAUUUUCCGAUAAUGCCACAAAUUAUACUGGUGCUCAAUCUGAAUUAAGAAAAUUGCAUGAUCUUGUUAAAAAUUCAGAAAAUCUUACUUCUUAUUUAUCCCAUGAAUUCGUUGUUUGGAAAUUUAUUCCUCCCAGAUCGCCAAAUUUGGUGGCAUUUGGGAGGCGGGAGUUAAAUCUUUUAAGCACCAUUUGAAAAGAACUAUUGGAAACUCUAAAUUAACAUUAAAGGAAUUUUUAACGGUUAUAAACCAAAUUGAAGGUGUAUUAAACAGUAGACCACUUCUUCCCCUUUCUUCGGACCCCAAUGAUUUCGAGACCCUAACUCCCAGUCAUUUUUUAAUUGGGCGACCCAUAAACAGUAUUCCAGAAUUUCCUGUGGCAGACAUUCCUGAUAAUCGACACUCUCGGUGGCAAAGGAUACAAAAAAUCAAUCAAACUAUUUGGAAAAAAUGGUCAAGAGAUUAUCUAAAUAAUUUACAGCAAAGAAGUAAAUGGUUAUUCGAAAAAAAAACAAUGUUAAACCAGGAACACUAGUUUUAAUUAAAGAAGAUAAUCUACCCCUUUGUUCAUGGAUUAUUGGUCGUAUCCACGAGGUUAUCCCUGGAAAUGAUGGAAAAAUUCGAGUUGUUAUUGUAAAAACUGCACAAGGUUUCUUUAAACGCAGCAUAUCAAAUAUAUGCGUUUUACCUAUCAAUGAGUCUACUAGUAAUUAGUUUUCAUGUUUAUUUUUUUUCAUUGUUGUCAUAAAGAAUGUGAUUC